AUGGUCUCGGUGAGGGAUUGGGAGUCUGAUGAUGAAGAAGGCCCGUUCAGCGGCAGCAUGCAGUCCUCGUCUUCUGGCAGUUUCUUGCGGACGGCAGUCAGAGCAGAUCUGCAGCGGGGGAAUCAAGUUGUUGGUGGUGGCGAAAACAGGGGAGGACGAUCCGGUGGUGAUCAUGGUGGCCAUGGUGGACACAGGGGUGGAGGCCACGGUGGCUAUGCCGGGGAUCGGUUCAACGACUACGACCAUGGCAGUUAUGGUUCUAGUUACAAUGGGGGAGCCUAUGGUGGAGAUGAAGCUUUUGGCUAUGGUGGCAGGGAUGGAUAUGGCGGUGGCAUCCCAAGCUUCUACAGCGGCAACCAUGGCUUCAACCGGGCUCUAGCUUCGGGCCUGGUGUUGACGCGGGUCACCAUGGCUUUCAUCACGGUGGUGAGCAACGAGGUUUCUUCCCACGACGUGGUGCGAGUGGUCGCUUUCCGGGAUGAGGUCGUGGUCCAAACCAUGUCACCGUUCCUCCGAUGUUUCUGGGAGCAGGUGCUCCUCAGCCUCCAGCAGGGGCACCAAAUGCUGUCAAACUACCGGCUCUGA